AUGCCUCGAAUGGAGAUGGCUUCCUUCCUCGCCCUCAUCGUUCUGGCUUGCCUGUCUGUCGUGAACGCAGCGGCUCUCUCAGCGAACUAUCCCAUUAACUCACAGCUCCCGCCAGUCGCGCGAGUAUCACAACCGUUCCGUUUUGAAUUCGCCGAGCGAACCUUUGCCAACAGUGACUCGAACACCAAGUACUCGCUCUCAGACGCACCGUCAUGGCUUUCAGUGGACAGUGGCAGCCGCGCACUGCAAGGAACACCACAUUCGGAUGAUACGGGUGCGAAGAAAUUCAAGCUCGUGGCAUCCAAUGGACCGGAGUCCGACAGCAUGGAUGUUACCCUCAUUAUUACCGCGGAUCAAGGACCAACCGAAGGCACGCCUCUUGUGCCGCAGCUACAGACUAUCGGACCGGUUUCUUACCCUGCAGCAUUGUUUCUGCACCCCGGUCGUUCUUUUUCCAUCACCUUUGACCCGGCUACCUUCCAUAAUACCCACCCUUCGACGAUAUACUACGGAACAUCACCUCACAACGCUCCCUUGCCAUCGUGGAUGGGCUUCGAUCCUACCACACUCCGAUUUUCCGGGAAUACGCCCUCUUUCCCCGGAUCGGGGCCGGAGGUUUUCACUUUUCAGCUUGUUGCUUCUGAUGUCGCGGGUUAUAGUGCUGUCAACUCAACCUUCCAGCUCGUGAUUGGCCCGCAUAUCCUGGCUUUCAAUGAGACUGUGCAAACCUACAACUUGACUGAGAGGAGACAAGUUCAGCAGACAGUUGACGCAGAUCUACCUGAUUGGUUGUCCUUGGACGAAGACACACUCUCGCUUAGUGGGACUCCGCCCAAGGACGCUGUGAAUGAGAACAUAACCAUCACAGCAACCGAUAGUUUUUCAGAUGCGGCGAAGCUCAUGGUUCGUCUACAGUUCAACGAGCUAUUUCUUGAAACGGUCCAGGGCUGCCAAGCUACUAUCGGCGAGGACUUUACUUUUGUUUUCAACAAGUCCAUUGUCACUGAUGACUCGGUACAACUGGACGUGGACCUCAGCGACGACCUGACCUCAUGGCUCUCCUACUUCCCUGAUAACAAAACUCUCUACGGACACGUCCCCUCAGAUAUGAAGGCGCAGAAGUUCAACAUCCCUUUGAAAGCACACCAAGGGGAGACUGAGAACACCCAAGACUUUGAACUUGACGUUCUUAAACCAUCUCAGACCCAUAACACCUCUUCUGACCCCUUCUCCGACUCAUCCAACCCCUCGCAUAGGAAAGCCGGUAUCAUCGCCAUAUCAGUUGUUAUUCCAGUUGUUGUAUUCCUCAGUGCUAUAAUCCUUUUCUGCUGCUGGCGCCGCAGAAGAAAGACACCCACUGUUGAGGAAGGACAGGAACCUUUCCAGGCUAAGUCGUUGCCGCCGCCGCGCCCUGUUCGACCAGAUAUGCCGAACUGCCAACCUAGUGCCGGUGGCAGAGAAUCCCAUGAUGAUAAUUCUGACGGAUGGAUGAGCCCGAUCUCACCAGCAUCGGAAAUCCCUAAACUCGAACUGGGCCCAGAGUGGAACGUGGCAUCGUUUGAAAAGCAUGAGAAGUCGAUGAAGGUGAUCCCAGAGCCCGUCCCACCCCCGCGCUCCCCCAAGCGGGCCUUCAUCCCUCUGCGAGACCCGGUCAAUGAAGCGGACAAGAAAUCCCCAGAGAAGUCUCCCGGUAAAAAGAAGAACCGCCUUUCCUACUCGAAUAGCCCUGGUAUGCGUCGUCGCACUAGCCAACGUUCUCGACGUGAGCCUCUCAAGUCGAUCCAGCCCCGAGCCAACAAAAAGCGCGAGUCCAUCCAGUCAUCCCGAUCUAAGCGUUAUUCCAAGCGCUCUAGUGGCAUAUCGACAAUGGCAACCGGUUUGCCCGUGCGACUAAGCGGUGCUGGACACGGUUCUGGCGGAAUUGGACCCCCAGGCCACGGAAUGGUUCGAAUGUCCUGGCAAAACACGGACAAAUUCUCAAUCAUGAGUGAUGAGACCAGCUUAACAAACAUGACCCCACUAUUCCCCCGACCUCCCGCCGCCGCAAGAACGCGCCACAGCAUGGCAUCCAGCAUCCCAGAAAAGCGAGUGACACUGCGAACCGUCGAGCCAGACGAAUCCACAAUCUCAGAAGCCGACUCUAUCGAAGCCUUCGUUCAAAACCGGGCCAAAAACCGCAAUUCCUCCAAUCCCCUCUUCUCAGCGCAAAUCAGCCGCCGCACAUCAUCCGGUCUCCGCGCCCUUGAACGAGCCCGCAGUAUCCGCAGCCGCGCCGAUACAGUCUCCGUCUCCACAUUCAGCGACGAAUACCGCCAAUCGAUCCAAGGCCGACCCUACUCCACCGCGAUGUCGGUAUCCGAGUAUGGGGAUGAUAAUAAUCGCUUCUCGCACUACCAGACGCUCCAACCGCCGCCGAAUCUCUUCCCGCUCGCGGAGGGGGGGAGGGAAGAGUCAGAGCCAGUUGAGUCUAGCGCAGGAUUAUCGCAAUGUCGUCUCGCCGCUUCCGAGGUUUUGGAGUGA